UCAAGCUUUCCUUCCACCAUUCCUAUUGAGUCCUUCUCUAUUCUCUCUUGAAAACACCAAAAAGAAACGCAUUGCCAUUGCAAUCUCAAUUUCAUUCCAUCUAUCCCUGUUUGUCUCUCUAGGGCUGUUUUUUUUAUGAUUCUGAAAUUAAAACCCAGAAUUCAUAAUCUAAAAUUUCUUUGAAAUUCCAACCAAGCUCAAAUCUUUCUUCAAACCCCAUUAUUUUUUUGCCCAAGAUGAAAAUGGGUUCAAUUCAAAACGAUGACAUCACAAGCUAAUAAACGUCAAAAUUAUUCCACCAAAAACCCACAAAUUUUCAAUUUUUUUCUUUUUUGGUAAUUUAGAUUUAUGGCAUCAGCAAGGAAUCUAGUAGUUGAAAUAGCAGCAGGAAACGAGAGAGUGAAGGUGUUAACGAUGAGAGAUGAAGAGAAAGCUAAAGAGGACGAUUCACCCUCUGCUAAAAGGUCUAAAUUUGAGAGAUUUCCAUUGACAAGAUGGGAAUUAGCUGCUGCUCUUGGGGUCUUUUUAGUCUUUUCAACUGGUUUGUUUUGUAUCUACUUGACAAUGCCUGCUGCUGAUUAUGGCAAGCUCAAGUUGCCUCGUUCCAUUUCAGAUCUUCGCUUGCUCAAAGACAAUCUUGCAACAUAUGUGAGUGAAUAUCCAGCACAGUUCAUUCUGGGCUACUGCUCUACUUAUAUCUUCAUGCAGACCUUUAUGAUUCCUGGAACAAUUUUCAUGUCAUUACUAGCUGGAGCUCUUUUUGGCAUUGUUAGGGGACUCUUUUUAGUUGUCUUCAAUGCCACAGCUGGAGCGUCUUCCUGCUUUUUCUUGUCUAAGUUGAUUGGCAGGCCUCUAGUUAAUUGGUUGUGGCCUGAAAAAAUGAGAUUUUUUCAGUCAGAGAUUGCUAAGCGAAAGGAAAAACUGCUGAAUUACAUGCUCUUCUUGAGAGUAACUCCAACGCUGCCCAAUCUUUUUAUCAAUUUGGCAUCUCCAAUAGUGGACAUACCGUUUCAUAUUUUCUUUUUGGCUACUUUACUAGGUCUUAUUCCUGCUUCCUAUAUCACUGUCAAGGCUGGCCUUGCUCUUGGGGAUCUCAAGUCAGUUAAGGAUCUAUAUGAUUUCAAAACUUUGUCUGUGCUCUUCCUUAUUGGAUUCUUUUCCAUAUUUCCUACCCUUUUAAAGAGAAAGCGGAUAUAUGAGUGAAGGUUGUAUUGGUGAGGCUCUCCCACCAAAGGUGGCUUAAUAGAGAUCUCUUGACUGUUUGCUUAGAGGAUCUGAAAAAUGCCGCUGGGUGGCACCCUUCUUUUUGCCACAAAACACAGCAGGACACCUGCUUCGCUUGUGAUACACAUGGAUUGAUUAAUUCUCCCCUAUGACAAAGAUAAAGAUACUAAAGUCAUCUAUCUUCUUUAUAAUCUUUUUUUUUUUUCAUGUAAUGUUGAUUCAUUGAUCUCCCAAUGUGGAUUAUUUAUACAGUUGGUAGCCAGCAAUGUUCUAGGAAGCUGUUGUAGUAAUCCUCCUUCGUGAUCUUUGAAAGAUUAAUUCUAGGUUGUAUUGCUGUUGAUUGUAACAACUAAGGUAGCAUUGACAAUAGGAUUAAUGGCUUUC